UCGAUUUAGUUUCACUUUCACCCUGUUCUCUCAGUCUCGCGCCUCGUCGUUUGAUCGUCGAGGAUAAAUUAUAUUUUUACUAAAUUUCACAGUCAGAGUUUCAGUAGUGAGCAGAAUUUUACCUGUAGCUACACCUGAACUUUACCUGCACAGAAAUGACUUCUAUGGAUAUGAGCCCUGCGUCUAAGAAAGAGGUUGAUGGAUUCACUAAGAAGUCCAUUAAAGAGGCAGAGCAGCUGGUCUCAAGUUUCUUCCCGCAGAUGAUUGCCAAGAUGGACAACCUGUUGCAGGCCUCCCUGGGUUCAGAGGACCUGUCUGCUCUCAGGGCUCCUCUGGACAUCCCGAUCCCGGACCCCGCCAAAGAGGAGCUGAAGAAGAAGAAGAAAAGUGAGAAAGAAGGAAAGGAUGGAAAGAAAGACAAAGGAGAUAAAGAAGAGGAGGAAGCUGGUCCUCUCUGUGGUCCGAUUGCUGUUAAUGAGAAAGUCGAGAGUCUCAUCAAAGAAAUUAAGCCUCACAUUCAGACUCUGAAAGAAAAUCUCAACACUGUAUCAAUGUGGGUGCAGCUCCAGAUCCCCAGGAUUGAGGACGGGAACAAUUUCGGUGUGGCCGUUCAGGAGAAAGUGUUUGAGCUGCUCACCAACACUCGCACCAAGAUCGAGGGAUUCCAAACACAGAUCACAAAGUAUUACACUGAGAGGGGAGAUGCUGUAGCCAAAGCUUCCAAACAGCCGCAUGUGGGAGAUUACAGGCAGCUCGUUCAUGAGUUGGAUGAACAUCAGUAUCGUGAGCUGCGUAUUGUGGUUCUGGAGAUCCGCAACACAUACGCUGUGUUGUUUGAUGUCAUCACCAAGAACUUUGACAAGAUAAAGAAACCCAGAGGAGAGUGCAAAGCUCUGAUUUACUGAGGAAUAAACCCCGUCUGUGCCGUCAGUUCAGACUCGAAUAAAGGAGAGAGAGAGAGAUACAUAUCAUAUCGUAUUUCAUUUGAGACGCUUUCUCAGCUUCAGCCACAGUUCAUCUAAAAUUACAUUCAUGACAUGGGCUUGUAUUUGUUUGUAGUCGCAUCAUUUAAUAAACCUUGUACAACAAUGA